UUUCAUCUACAAAAGGAAAAAAAAAUAAAAAAAAAUACAAGAGUUAGAGGAGAAAAUUGGAGGAGGGAGAAUCGGGAGAAAGCAUUGGACUACAUAAGAAGAGAGAGCGUGGAAUGCUGAGAUCUUCUGGUGAGGAAUCAAGAAUCAAUACGAAAGUUUAGUGUGCAUAUGGGGGGUGGUGGUACAUUUGUGGAUGGUGUUCUUCGCUGGUUUCAACGUCGUCACAACAAUGAAGAUGCGAUCUUGACUGAUCUUCAGAAACCCCAUAAUACCCAUUUACAAGAAAGAGCAGAAGAUAAUAAUAAUAAUCAAGACUUUACCAUUACUGACGAUUUUGACAUUACUGGUCUAAAGCUCAUCAAAGUACCCAAACGGCUUAGUUUCCCUAUUUCUGCCCAUUCUACAAUGGAUCCUCUCAAAAAGAAUGCGUUGGAGACGGAAUUCUUUACAGAAUAUGGAGAGGCAAGUAGAUACCAAGUUCACGAAGUAAUUGGAAAAGGCAGCUAUGGAGUCGUGGGAUCUGCUGUCGAUACCCAUACUGGUGAAAGAGUUGCAAUCAAGAAAAUUAAUGAUGUAUUUGAUCAUGUUUCUGAUGCUACAAGAAUCUUGAGAGAAAUCAAGCUUCUUCGGCUACUUAGGCAUCCAGAUAUCGUAGAAAUAAAGCACAUUAUGUUGCCUCCUUCUCGGAGAGAGUUUAAAGAUAUUUAUGUUGUUUUUGAAUUGAUGGAAUCAGAUCUCCAUCAGGUAAUUAAGGCCAAUAAUGAUCUUACUGCUGAGCAUUAUCAGUUUUUCCUAUACCAGCUUAUGCGUGGACUAAAAUAUAUUCAUACAGCAAAUAUUUUCCACCGGGAUUUAAAGCCGAAGAAUAUUCUUGCUAAUGCUGACUGCAAGUUGAAGAUUUGUGAUUUUGGGCUUGCUCGUGUAUCAUUCAAUGAUGUGCCAUCAGCUAUUUUCUGGACUGAUUAUGUUGCAACUCGAUGGUAUCGCGCCCCUGAGCUAUGUGGCUCCUUUUUCUCUAAGUAUACUCCUGCUAUUGAUAUUUGGAGCAUCGGAUGCAUAUUUGCAGAAUUGCUUUCUGGAAAACCGUUAUUUCCUGGAAAGAAUGUGGUGCAUCAAUUAGACCUAAUCACAGAUUUGCUUGGGACACCUCCUCCCGAAACAGUUGCAAAGAUCAGAAAUGAAAAGGCAAGAAGAUACCUCAGUAGCAUGCGGAAGAAACAACCGGUUCCAUUUGAAAAAAAGUUUCCAAAUGCAGAUCCUUUGGCGUUACGCCUACUUGAACGACUGAUUGCAUUUGACCCUAAAGAUCGGCCAUCGGCAGAAGAGGCAUUGUCGGAUCCAUAUUUCCGUGGUUUAUCAAAUGCUGAUCGUGAACCAUCUAGACCGCCAAUAUCAAAGCUUGAGUUUGAAUUUGAGAAAAGGAAACUGGCAAAAGAAGAUGUUAGAGAACUCAUCUAUCGUGAGAUUUUAGAAUAUCAUCCUCAGAUGCUUCAGGAGUAUCUUAGUGGUGGAGAUCAGACUAGUGGCUUUAUGUACCCAAGUGGUGUUGAUCGGUUCAAGCAACAAUUUGCACAUCUGGAGGAGCAUUAUGGUAAAGGUGAACGUAGCACCCCGCUUCAGAGGCAGCAUGCUUCCUUGCCUAGGGAGCGAGUUCCUGCACCGAAAAAUGACACCUCUUCCCAAAAUAAUGAUUGUGAAAAGCGAACUGUUUCAACAACUCUUCAGAGCCCACCAGGGCAGUCUGAGGGAUCAGAGAACUCAGUUGUCGGUACACAAAAUGGAACUAAUCAGGCAAAUUACAGUGCUCGUAGCUUGCUGAAGAGUGCUAGCAUCAGUGCUUCUAAGUGUGUGGAAGUUAAAAGAAGAAACACAGAGGAAGAGCCAAUUGAAGAGGCAAACGAGGAAGUUGAUGAUUUGUCUCAAAAAGUUGCUGCUCUCCAUGCUUAAUUCUCUGCAGUCGUCUUAUACAUUACAUUUUGAUGAUGUGCUCUACCAUGUCACUGUUUAUCCUGCGAAUCAUCAACAUUUUGAAGUUCCGCUCCUUGAUUUCAGGUAGAAGCUAAUUUUAGGACGUCAGUUUGUUAUUUGUGCUAUAAAAAAUUUAAUUGUGUACCAUGAGAGAAAAUGCUCCAGCUAUUUAUGGAUCGGAGACCAUUUUUCUCUCCUUAGAUGAGAAGGAUAGUUAUUCGUAACUAGUUCAAAUUUGUAACGAUUUGAUAAAUCAUAUAAUACCCCUAUUAUACCUUUCUCGAAUACCUUCCCUUGUAUGGCCUAUUAUGCAAUUGGUUGCUAGAUGAAUCCAGUGGCAUCCGCAGACUGA